AUGUCUGACUCUCUGGACUUCACCCUGUCGCCGGAGCACUCUCCGGCACGUCCACCUCUGGCUUCGCCCCCGCACGACGAUGUGCCGCUAUCUGAGCCUCUUACCGAGUCUGAGACUCAUUUCGAAACCCCCCAAGGGGUCGAGGCACCCUCUACACCGGUUCCCCCGUCCCGCUCGACGUCCUACAGCUUGCCCCCCACUCGCACGGUUGCCAUCAUCAAGGCCCACGCCAUGGAUCACCGCUUUGACAUCGAGCAGCGCAUUUCGGAGGCAGGCUUCGAGAUCGUCAAGGAGAGACAGAUGGAGUUUGACAUUGAAACCGAUCCCGACACAAUGUUCGAGCUGUUCGGAGACGAGUUUGAGUCUUUCGCCGAAGGUCCCGUGUGGGUUUAUGUCCUCGAGCGCCGGCGUGCCGUCGAGGUAUGGACAACCCUCAUGGGCGACGUAGACCCGGUAGUCGCGCGCAAGUAUACCCCCAACUCCUUACGCGCGCUCUACGGGAUCUCCGCCAUGCAGAAUGCCGUUAUGGGCUCCCCCGACGGGCCCACCGCUGAAAUCCAGAUCUCCGCCAUCUUCGCGUCAUCCCCACCGUUCCCCACAACUGAGCUCCCUGAUGUCGGAGACAGCUUCCCUGCAGGCUCGCUACGCUCUGUCUCAUCGUCCGUGCUGUCUGCGCUGCGCAAGACGACGUCCAGUGGGAGCGGCAACGGCUCUUCUGUGACGAGCCCUUCGCGCGCGGGGGACAAGACGCCGAACGGCAAGGCGCUGUUCAAGGCGCGCCCCGUGCCUGCCACGAUCGCUACACCGACAAUCGUCCCGCGCAUGUCGCGUGCGUCUGCUCUGCGAGCGGGCCUCCCCGUUGAGAAAGCGGAGCGUGCGCCCCCGACCAAGGAGCGUCUCGCGGAGACGUUCGCGAACGUGCCCGGGCACAAGCGCUCCGAGACCAUCACUGUCGCCAGCACUGCGCCGCCCGUGGUGGCGCCACGCAUGACACGCGCGGCGUCGUUGCGAAUGGGGCAGAAGUCGGCAGAGUCGCCGCGGAAGAGCAUCGUGCCCGCGGCGAACGGAAAGCCGAAUGGCACCGUCGCGAGCGCGAAUGACACCACCGCCAAGAGGGCGACAUUUGACGGUGUGCCGGGGCACAAGCGUCGCGAGUCGAUUCCCGUUUCGAGCACGAAGCCGCCCACGGUUCCGCCGCGCACAAACCGGAGCGCGAGCCUGCGCCAGAUGAAGGAGGCCGCUCCGCCGUCCUCGUUUAGCUUCAAGAGCCCGUCGACCCAGACGCCAUCCCGCUCCUCCUCCAGGACCUCUAACAACGCGCCCUCGGGUCGGGUGCCCCUCUCACGCCCCGCUUCUGCAGCGUCCACGCAACCUGCCACGUCUCACCCCCCGGUUUCGCGUCGCUCAUCCUCCGUAUCGCGGUCUUCCACGUCCGCAGGAAUUGUCACCGCAACUGCCUCCGCUGGAGACCCUGCGGCCACCGCGGACUCUGCCAAGCCGAAGCCGAAGCCGCGCCUCAGUGUGCAGGCGCCCACUAUCGCGCCGCGCACAAACAAGAGCGCACUGCUCCGCGCGGCGAAGAUGGCCACUACGGCAGCAGCAGCCCCGCCCGUCAAGGCGAAGGCGGCCACGGCGACCACGUCGAGGGCUGUUAGGGUGUAA